CCAACAAAAUCUCUCUCUUUAGUAAAAAAAAAAAAAAAAAAAGUCCAUAAGCGGAAGCUCCGCCGGGAAAUACAGAACGGCGAAGUCUGUGUUCUCUUUCGCGUUUUGUUUUGGUGUUCUGUUUGGCUGCUUUUGGUUUUAUUCGUUUAAAACGGGUGUUGAAUUACGGUGGAGUGUGGUUUAAGUAAUCUGGAUAAUGCUGGAUCUUAAUUUGAGUGUGGAAGUGGUCGGAGGGAAGCGACGGGAGGUUUCCGGUCGCCAGGUGGAGAGUUCCGGGAGCUUCGACUCCUCCGCGGUCAACGCCGACAUCGCUGGCGACGAAGAUGACGAUGCUGUUGGUUACACUUUCAGCAUCCUGAAAGCUGGCCAAGGAGACGGUGAUGCUGUUGGUGGUUCUGAUGAGUACCAUGAAGAAAGCCGCUCCCGCACCAUCCCGCUUUUUCCGUUAGCCGGUGAGGGAGAUGGCGGGAAGUCAACGGAAUCGUCAAGGAGGCAAUGGUUGGAUCUCGGAUGCAGCGAGGUGGAGCACGGUGGACACACGGAGCAGAGGAUCGCCAGUGCCCUGCCGCAACAGCUACCGUCGCGGCAGCAAGUGAAGAAAGGUAGGCGUGGUCCCCGCUCCCGGAGCUCGCAGUAUCGUGGUGUCACCUUCUAUCGCAGGACUGGGAGAUGGGAGUCUCACAUUUGGGAUUGUGGGAAGCAAGUGUACUUGGGGGGAUUUGACACUGCACAUGCUGCAGCAAGGGCAUAUGAUCGAGCUGCUAUCAAAUUCCGCGGUGUUGAUGCUGAUAUCAAUUUUAAUGUCACUGAUUAUGUUGAAGACAUGAAGCAGAUGAGUAAUUUUACAAAGGAGGAAUUUGUGCAUCUCCUGCGUAGGAAGAGCACUGGAUUUUCUAGAGGGAGCUCUAAGUAUAGGGGAGUAACACUGCACAAAUGUGGGCGGUGGGAAGCUCGUAUGGGGCAGUUUCUGGGCAAGAAGUAUAUAUACCUUGGACUAUUCGACAGCGAGAUAGAAGCUGCAAGGGCUUAUGACAAGGCUGCCAUAAAAUGCAAUGGAAAGGAAGCAGUCACAAACUUUGAGCCUAGCUCAUACGAAGCAGAGCUUAUUUCUGAAUCUGAAAAUGGAGAUGGCAACCAAGUUCUUGACCUGAAUUUGGGGAUUGCCCCGCCCCAUACAUUUGAAGCUCAAAGUGAGAAUGACAGUAGAAACCAUUUUCCUUUCCAGCAAAGAUGGAAUGACCUGCCUAUUGAGAGGGGAAAAAGGAUUGAGAACUCUGCCUCGGUAACAAUGAGGGUUCAACAACCAUGUUACCAGUAUCACCAGGCUGUGACGUUCAAGCACCCUCUUGUCUGGGGUAAUGCAAAUCCCAGUUUCUUUCCUGUCUUCAAGGAAAAAGCAAUAGAGAAGAGGGGAGUAGAUUCCUCACCAAGGUGGGCAUGGCAAGGCCAAGGACCCUAUGGUGGGGCAAAUCCCGUGCCACUCUUCCCUACCGCAGCAUCAUCAGGAUUCUCAUCUUCAUCAAUCACUUCACCACCAGCUGCUGCAAACCAUCAUCAACUUCACUUUACAAACACAACUUUUCUCCAUCACCAUUUCUCCCCACCAAUCACCAGUCCCAACAAUAUGUCCCAUUUCUACUGCAGAAGCUGAAAGGUGAAAAUGCAAUGAAGCCCCAGUCCACAAUCUUCUGUUUCAUACGACGAGGAGUUGGUGGGCAAUUGAAGACGUGGAGGGUAUGAAAUUAAAUUGUGUGAUAAAAUGCCUUACAUACACAGACUAUUAGUUUAGAUCUCAUUUAUUGUAAAGCUCAUCAAGCCAACUUCAUUUUGACCUCAGCUAAAUUUGGUUAUUUUGAGCCUUCUUGUUAUUCGUACUCUGAAUGCACCAUUGACGCCUAGUAAAAUUUAUUCAGGAAGAGCAAUGUUCCAACUCCCUCUCGAUGCCUAAUGAAGACGUUUCAAAUCU